AUGGCAAACGGUGUGGUGGAAGUUGAAAUUGCUCCUGAGGAUAUUGCGUCGGAGAUAGAUUUUUGGGCGUCGUCUCUUAUAUUGUCGUUUAGUGAUCGAGAUGAAGUGAUGAUGCGUGGCCCGUACACGAUUAGAAAUAUGCCUUUACUGCUUAAGGAAUGGAGACCUGAUUUCAAACUCAAAGAUGAUUUUCUCAGAACCAUUCCCCAGUGGGUUAAGCUUCCCCAGCUCCCUCUUUACUUAUGGGGUGAAAUGAGUUUGAAUAAAAUCGGAAGUGCUCUGGGAACCCCAUUAGUCAAUGAUGAGUGCACUGCUAAUAGAUUGCAAAUCUCCUAUGCUCGAAUAUUAGUUGAAAUGGAUAUCAUAAGGGACCUUCCAAAUGAGAUUACAAUUUGUGACAAUGAAGGAAUGAAGAUGCAGCAUAAAAUAUGGGGUGUUACACAGCAGGGUGUUGAGUACGAAUGGAAGCCCAUCUAUUGUGCUCGAUGCCAAAAUCCAGGACACAAUUGUGAUAAGCCAAAGCCUAAAGUGACACAAUGGAAACCUAAAGCUAAGCCCCCUGAGAAUCCUACAACUGAUCAACCCUCCCAGCACAAAACUGUAGAUCCUAUUGUAAAAGAUGUUGCCUCCCAACCAUAUCAGACAGAUGCUUGGAUUGAAGUGAGGAAAAGUGGCAUGGAUAGAGAUUUUGCAGGACCUGCAAGUGCUCCAAGACUCUGGUCAAUGAUUGUCUCCUGGAACCUAAGGGGGUUAAAUAAGCCUGGUAAGCUUAGGGAGAUUAGCUCCCGUCUCCUAGAGCUUAAGGCAUAUAUUAAUAUUCUAAUUGAGACUAGGGUUAAACCUGGUCAAGCUAGCACUGUUAGAAAUAAACUGAAUCUAGGGGAUAACUAUUUAGAUAACUAUUCCUCUCAUGCUAAUGGUAGGUUGUGGAUUCAUUGGAAUUCUAAUAAUGUUGAUAUCCAAGUUAGAGCUUCUACUAGUCAAAUGAUUCACUGUGGAAUAUAUGAUGUGUCUGGUUCCUUUAGGUUUUGGAUGACUGCUAUUUAUGGCUUGAAUCAAUUGGAGCAAAGAAGGAUCCUUUGGAAGGACUUGGAGAAUCUCAACAUUCAGGGACCUUGGUGUCUCGUAGGGGAUUUCAACAAUGUCCUUAAGGGUAAUGAUAGAAUUAGGGGCCAUCUUGUGACUGAAGCAGAGGUGAGGGAUUUGCAAUACCUUAUGGAUCUUAAGGAUCUCUCUGAGAUGGACAGUUAUGGGGACCACUACACAUGGUUUAACAACCAUACUGUAGGACCUAUCUAUUCUAGAAUAGAUAAAGUACUAGCCAAUACUGCUUGGUUUCAAACUAAUAUGAACACUACUCUUAAGAUCUUACCUCCUAGUGUCUCUGACCAUUCUAUGCUCUGCCUUGCCAAUCAGAAUGCUACAAUGAAAAUCCAUUAG